CGCGCAAUACUAGAUUGUAGAGCUAAAAAAGUGUCAAGUGCAGUGUAGACGCUCUGUCUAAAAAUACAAUUGUUAUUGAUAUAUUGUUAAUAAAAAAUAAAUAAAAAUGGAUAUUGAACAACGAAUUAAGGAUAUGGAACGAGAAUAUCUCGAUUUCCUAGACGAUGUGGAAGAUCAAGGGGUAUACUUGAACCUGGUUAAAAAUAUGAUUGAAGAAGAAAAAUAUCGUCUUCAUGUUAACAUCAAUGAUCUUCGACGUAAAAAUCCAGUCAGAGCUGCCAAUUUAUUAAACAAUUCUUUUGAAGAACAAAUGGCAUUUCAAAAUGCCUUGAAACAAUUUGUAUCAACAGUUGAUCCAGAUUAUACAAAAGAUAAUGCUGAAUUUUUCAUUGGAUUUGAGGGUAGUUUUGGUACAAAACACACAACACCAAGAACACUGACAUCAAGAUUUUUGGGAAAUCUUGUUUGUGUUGAAGGAAUUGUAACAAGAUGUUCAUUGAUACGUCCAAAAAUUGUAAGAAGUGUUCACUAUUGUCCUGCAACAAAAACAGUUAUGGAAAGAGCAUAUACCGAUAUGACAUCAUUUGAUGCAUUUCCAGGAUCAGCUGUAUAUCCAACAACAGAUGCUGAUGGUAAUCCAUUGGAAACUGAAUUUGGUUUAUCAUCAUUUAAAGAUCAUCAAACUUUGACAAUUCAAGAAAUGCCAGAAAAAGCACCAGCUGGUCAAUUACCACGUAGUGUUGAUAUAAUAUGUGAUAAUGAUUUAGUUGAUCUUUGUAAACCAGGUGAUAGAGUACAAAUUGUUGGUAAUUUUAGAUGUUUACCUGGUAAACAUAAUGGUUAUACAAAUGGUACAUUUAGAACAAUUAUUAUUGCAAAUAAUAUAACACAAUUAAGUAAAGAAGCAACAUUAAAUAUAUCACAUGAUGAUGUUGCAAUGUGUAAAAAAUUAGCUAAACAUAAUUCACGUAAAAAUAUAUUUGAAUUACUUGCACAAUCAUUAGCACCAUCAAUAUUUGGUCAUGAAUAUAUUAAAAAAGCAAUACUUUGUUUAUUACUUGGUGGAAUUGAAAAAAUAUUACCAAAUGGUACAAGAUUAAGAGGUGAUAUUAAUAUAUUAUUAAUUGGUGAUCCAUCAGUUGCAAAAUCACAAUUAUUACGUUAUGUAUUAUGUACUGCACCAAGAGCAAUACCAACAACUGGACGUGGUUCAUCUGGUGUUGGUUUAACAGCAGCUGUUACGGUUGAUCAAGAAACUGGUGAAAGAAGAUUAGAAGCUGGUGCUAUGGUAUUAGCUGAUCGUGGUGUUAUUUGUAUUGAUGAAUUUGAUAAAAUGUCUGAUAUUGAUAGAACAGCUAUUCAUGAAGUUAUGGAACAAGGAAGAGUUACUAUUGCAAAAGCUGGUAUACAUGCAAGUUUAAAUGCAAGAUGUUCAGUAUUAGCUGCUGCAAAUCCAGUAUAUGGUAGAUAUGAUCAAUAUAAAACACCAAUGGAAAAUAUUGGCUUACAAGAUUCACUUUUAUCACGUUUUGAUUUAUUAUUUGUUAUGUUGGAUAUUGUUGAUUCAGCACAAGAUAAUAUUGUUAGUGAUCAUGUUGUUAGAAUGCAUAGAUAUAGAUCAGCAAAUGAACAAGAUGGUGAGGCAUUAUCUGUUAAUAGUAAUAUUGAUAUGUUAAGUACUAAAAAUCCUGAUGCUGUUGAAAUUGAAGAAAAUGAUAAAUCAAUAUAUGAAAAAUAUGAUCCAUUAUUACAUGGUAAAUCACGUCUUAAAAGUGAUCAAAUAUUGAGUAUUAAAUUUAUGAGAAAAUAUAUACAUAUUGCAAAAUGUAUGAAACCAAAAUUAACUGAAGAAGCUAGUAGAACAAUUGCUGAUGAAUAUUCACGUUUAAGAUCAGAGGAUAAUGUACAAACAGAUGUUGCUAGAACACAACCAAUAACACCUCGUGCACUUGAAACACUUAUUCGUUUAUCAACAGCACAUGCUAAAGCAAGAUUAUCAAAAACAGUUACUGUUGAAGAUGCACAAGCAGCUAUUGAACUUGUACAAUUUGCAUAUUUUAAACGUGUACUUGAAAAAGAAAAGAAAAAACGUAGAAGACAAGAUAGUGAAACAAGUAAUGCUGGUGAAGCUGAUGAACAACCAAGAAAAUCAAAAAGAACAAGAAAAGGAAGUAUUACUGCUGAUGGUGAAAAUGAUGUUUAUGAAUAUAAUAGUGAUGCUGAUGAUGAUGAUUCACAUGUUGAUGAUGCUGUAAGAGUUGCAACAAGAUCACAAACAAUACAAGAAGAAACAGAAGAAGCUGAAGAAACCAUGGAACAAGAUGAUUCAACUGAAAUUGUAGCAAUUACUGAUACAAGAUUUAGUACAUUUAAAACAACACUUCAUAAAUUAUUCCAACAACAACGUGCACAAUCAUUAGCACUUGACAAAGUUAAAGAAUUUUUAAAUCAACAACAUACACCUGAAUUUACAUCUGGUGAAGUUACAGCUGCAAUUAACAAAAUGACUGAUGCCAAUCAACUCAUGCUUGCUGAUGAUCAAGUUUUUCUUAUUUAAAUUUAAACAAAAAAAUAUCAAACUUAUUAUUAUUAUUAUCAGUAAUAUUAUUCUGUAAUAUGUAAGUAUUGCCAUUAUUUUAUUUUAUUUUUUUUUUUUCAUUCAUGCGUUUGUAAUAAUUUAAACUAUACUUUUUAUAUUAGAAAAAAAUAAAAAUUAAGAUUACAAUGUUUUUUAAAUAAUAUUAAUUAUUUUAUUUUUAUUUUCUAACAACAUUUAUUAAUUUUAUUAUGGUACAACACAUUGGCACAUUAACUAGGCAACAAUUAUCAACAUUUAUCACGUUAACGUAAACAUUAUGCGAUAGUUUACAUUAUCCAAUUUUUUUUUUUCAUUUAAUUUUUAUUUUUUUUUUUUCCCAUGUAAAUAUAUAUAUGCAUAUAUUGUAUAUAUAAAAUUUACUUCAUAAUUAUUUGUUUAUUUUAGUGAAUGUUUUCAGCUAACAUUUAGGCAGGAUUACUAAUUAAUUACUCUUACAAUUAAUUUAGUGUUUUUCUUUUAAUUUUUUUUUUUUUAUAAUUGUAUUCUUCAUUUAUUUAUUAAUUUAUUUCGUUUAUUUAUUUUUUUUUUCGUAUAUCUUUGUUUCUACAAACUCAAUAAUAUUAUUUAUUUUUUUUUUCAUAUAUAUAUUUUUAUUAUAAUCACACGCUUUCUCUAUUGUCAUUUGACUCUACGUAAAUUAAAUUAUCGUUUAAAAUACGAUGAACGGAUUUGGUGCAUCACCAUCCAAUUGAGGAAUCAAUCCUGCUAGUUGGUUAUCAUAAAAAAUAUACUAUUUAUAUUUUAAUAAAUUAAAAACAAAGCAAAUCCCGAAGGCUCAUGUAUCAAAUUUCCUUUUUUUUUUUUUUUAAACUUUACAACAUUUUUUCAUCAAAUUAAUUAUUUGCUACAAAUUGUGCUACAUGGUAUUAAAAUAAAUAACGUUUCAAUAAUCUACGACGUUAAAACAACACCAUGAUACUCAAUUUCAACAAUUUAUAACGCCAGUAAUUAGCGUCACGUAAUUACAAACAAUUAUAUAUAUAUAUUUUUUUUUAUUUAUUCUAUUAUUAAUUUGUGCUUACUUUGGCAAGCUAAUUCAUUUUGAUAUAUAUUUUUUUUUAAAUUUAAUUUUAAUCUAAUUAAUUCUUUAAUCAAAUUUUUUAUUAAUUUUUCUUUUUAGUUUUAUUAAAUAUUAUUAAUUUAUUAUUUUCUUUUUCAACAUUAAAUAAUUUAGUAUAUAUUAUUUCUUUUAUUUUUUUUUUUAAAUUGUUUUUUAUUUAUUUUUUUUGUUUAAGAAGAAGUUUAACUAUUAUUAUUUAGACCCAAAUUUUAUAGGCAUUUAAUAUCGUAAAAAAUCUAAUCACUGUAACAUGCAGUAUAAUGUCUAAUUGGCUUAACUCAUAAAUUUUUAUUUUAUUAAUUAUUUUAAUCGGAG